ACGGAGGCCCGUUCAGUUGCCAGCAUCUCCCCCGGCCAGUCACAUCGACACCUCCUGAACGCAGAAGCAGCAACCUCACCUCAAACCAUCUCUACUCAGGCCGGACCAAAGCAGGAAAGGGGAGAAACAAUUGUACUAUCUAUACACCUUCUAGCGAGAUGCGGUGUUUUCUCGUGGUGCUCGUGGUGGGAGCUACCGCGGUGCUGGGGAACAAUGUACCUCCUUUGGCCACCCAUGACCGUGCCGACACGCCUUCCCACGACCCGCCAGUAGUGCCGCAAGUCAACUGGGGGCUGCAUGGUGCUGUCACUGAGGAAUUGUGGGAGGAGUUCACAGUGCGCGGGAUGAAUGAUGACCCACCAGUUAUCAUACACGACAGCCUCAAUGGAGCAGAAGAAUCUGUGAGCCUGAUCGGGAAGCACAUGAAGACCAUCAAUGACCGACCCAUCUUUGCAUUCCAGGGAAUCAUGUACGGCGAGGAAAUGAGUGGAGACCGCAGGUUCAAGAAAACAAUUCCCAAGGCACCUUACUGGGGAAAUGACACUGAGCUUUACCUGGGCCACCUGGGUGAGAUGUGUCCCCAGAAGUCCAUGCUUGGUGGAGUGCCUGCAGGGAAGGAAGACUGCCUCAGCCUCAAUGUGUACACACCAUUUCUCCCUGAUGGUGACCGCCUGCUCCCUGUCAUGUUCUUCAUCCAUGGUGGUGCCUUCAUCUCUGGUGACUCCUCUCUCUACCUACCCACCAAACUUCUCGACCAUGACGUGAUAUUGGUUGUCAUCCAUUACCGCCUUGGCAACCUUGGGUUCUUCAGUUUGGAUAAUGAUGAUGCUCCUGGCAACGCUGGCUUGUGGGAUCAGAUUACAGCAUUGCAAUGGGUUCAAGACAACAUUGAAGGCUUUGGGGGGGACAAAACCAAAGUUACCAUCUUUGGAGAGAGUGCAGGUGCUGCUUCUGUAGGCUAUCUCUUGCUGCUCCCUGAAGCUGCAGGUCUUUUCCGUGGAGUAAUAGGAGAGAGUGGAUCUGCACUGGAGCACUGGUCCCAUGACCCAGACCCCAUCACAUCAGCAGAGGUCAUUGGUGAAAAAAACGGCUGCACAACAGAUAACCACACAGCGCUGUACGAGUGCAUGAGAGACUUGGAUGCUGAUAUACUCAGUAUUACCAUGGCCCACUUUGUGGGUCAAGACCGCAAGGAUGGACAGAUGGGUUUCAGAGGAGCAGCACCUGUCACUCAGAGCUCUAAUGUUACAGAACGUCUUGUGGUAAAACAUCCUUUAGACUAUUUAAAAGAUGGAAACUUCAGUGAUGUGCCUCUCAUUAUUGGAACCAAUAAGCAUGAGGGAUCAUUUGUUUUGACAAUCAUGUACACGGAGUUCCUGAAGCCUAACCAUAAGCUGGAGGACAGUGAGUACCUCAAGAAUGACAUGAUGAUUGAUUUCCUCAAUUGUUUUGGUGUGCAGGACUUUACCAAUGGCAUCUCUGAGGCAAUCCAGGACUCCUUCAUAUCAGGCCUUGACCCAGGGGAUUUCAACAAUUCAGCUCCAGGCUAUGUUGAUGCAGCAGGUGUAUUCUUCCUGAAGGCUGGUGGCUGGCAGACAGCAAAACUUCAUGCUAAGUAUGGUUCUUCUGACACUUACUACUACUCCUUUGAUUUUGAGUCAGAUGACACCAUGUUCAGAUGGCUCUUCAUGGGCCUAACCGACAUACCUUACAGAACAGGUGUAACCCAUGCCGAUGAAAUGCUGUACAUCUUCUCCUUCCCGGGAAAAAUGGAAGGCCAGCAAAAGAUAGUGAAGGAUCGUAUGGUGAAAAUGUGGACUAAUUUUGCUAUCUAUGGCAACCCCACACCAGAUGAAGAGUCAGAAUGGAAGGAUCUUGGCAUUCCUAAGUGGCAGCCUGUUAAAGUAGGGGAUCAUAAGUACAUGUUAGUGCAAGAUGAGUGCACAGUGGAAACAGAGUUCCCUAACAGGUGGCACAUUGCCCUGCAAGAGGAUGGAAAUUUGCCAAAACAGCCAACCUUGGAAGAGUACAAUGACUUAGAGGAUGAGAGAGAUGCCUACCUCAUCACCAUGAUAGUCUUCAUCAUUGCUUUUGUGUGUGCUGGUGGGUUUGCUGCCUUCUUCUUCCGUAAGAAGUGAGCUCAAAAUCCAUCUGCUGUCUACAGUAGAUGCCACUUGUAAUGCAGAUUCUUCAACAAAACCCAAUUGUAGUUAUAUACAUAGGUGGGCAUUAUCACAAUAAUUUAUCACAAUAAUAACAUUGGAUUAUUGGUUAUCCAACAAUUAUUUUUUCUAUGUUAUCUGUACAUCAGCAUUGCUAAUACAUACGUUUGGUUCUAAUUGAACAAUAAUUUAUUAUUAUUAUUUUUUUUUUUUACAUAAGCAUGUUGAAGUUUUAACUUUAAAAAUUAAAUGUAGUUAUUCUACUUUUCAUUAAUAAAAAGGCAGGAUAAACAUUGAAUUUGAAGUUUUCCAAGAUUUUUCCAAGUUUUCUAUUAAAGACAAAAAUUUUUUUAUUUUAUAACUUUUUUUACUUAAUAUAUCAAUAUUGUUAUCACUAGUAUUGGAAUUUUGGAUUUAUUGGUUACCAGACAUAGAUUUAUUGCCAAUUAUCAAUAAUUGGUUAUACCCAAUAAGGUUAACAUUAUGUAUCUAUCUCUUAUUGUGAAGAAUUUUAUAGUUACUAUGCCCAGCUAUGGUUGUGUGUAAGCUGUAGUGCUAUUUAAUUUUAGUAAGCAUGUGCAUAUUUGUAUUUUUUAGAUUGUGUUUUUUUUAUUUUGUUGUAUGAAUUUCAAGAAUUUUUGUUGAAUGCAAAUUGGCUAACCAAAGAGUAUCACUGUUUCCUUGACCAUGACAUAAUUGUGUCAAAAUAGUCAAACUAUUUUUGUAAAUAAACUUUUAUUUAUCUU